AUGGGUACUUGUUAGUUAAAAAAUUGCAGGUGCGUAUGCUAGUAGAAUAGGUUGGCAUGCCAAUGUGGAAGUCAAAAUACUAUUUUACUUGAGGAACAAGCAAGGGAAAUCCGAAGGAGGAUAAGUUAAGAUCAGAUGAAAAGAUCAAAUAGAUUCUCAAAUAGCAAAAGCAAAACAGGAUCUCCAGCACAGUCCAAUUCGAGUGACUCGCUUAAUAAAACUAAAUUCUCUACUAAUCGAAAAGCAUCAAAUCGAUCACCUAACUCAACUGAAAGGUAUUUGAUCUCUGAAGAAUGUAACAUUCCAACUGAAAGUAGCCAAAUACGGAAAAUAAGAAAACCUAAAAUUAGAAAUAUAAAAUUUAAUCGAAGCUUGACCUACUUUAGCUAAGAAAGCGUUGUCUUCAAAUUUCAAGAAACAAUUGAUUAACCAUUUAGUUAGAAGGAAAUCAAAAUGGAUUCCCCUUAAUUUCAAACACUUAAACAUAAUACUAUAGAAAAUAAAUAAACAUUAGAUCAAAUUUAAUCCAUUAACGACCCAACAAUAACCAUGAAAACACCUACAACAACUGGUGCUGAAUUGUCCAACAUUGCGACAUCAUCAGCUCCAUUCUUGAUUCAAUAACCAUCCAUUUCUAGAGAAAGUUCUCCAUCUAAAUUGUCACAUCCUGUAACUUAAGUAAGUAUGGAACCGAAUCUGAAUAAAUAAUCCUUGUCUGUGCUCACAGAUUAGUAAUUAAAAAAUAGAUCACACACAGCUGAUUUGUCAGAUGACUAAAAAAGUGUCACUCCUAGAAGUGUUUUAAAAUAACAACAAAAGAAUAAUGAUUCUUUUCGAACUUAACAACAAGAAAAACGCAAAGUUAGAUUUGACCUUCCCAACUCACACUACAUUAAGGAAAGAAUAAAAUAAUAGCAAAGAUUUUUCAAUUGA